GCCAUGCCAGGUGGCGCAAAAGAAAAGAAACCAAGUCAACCCUCAAUGAACACAGCUGUAGUGUCACAUAUUCACUCUGUUCUUGUUCUGGACAAUUUUGUAGCGUGUGCAGAGAAAUGGCCAUUCCUCUUGUAAUCCUACUUAUUUGCAAGCUAUUAUCACUCUUCUCUCAAAUCUGCUACGCAACGACGGACACCAUCACCAAGGGUCAGCCACUCCCUGAUGAUGGCAACACCUUGCUUUCCAAGGACGGAACCUUUGAGUUGGGUUUCUUCAACCCCGGGAGUUCAAAUAACCGCUAUGUCGGAAUUUGGUACAAAAACAUUGUGGUCAAAACAGUGGUUUGGAUCGCCAACCGUGACAACCCAAUCAGAAACAACUCAAGCAAGUUGGUCAUAAGCCAAGACGGAAACCUCGUUCUUCUUAGCCAGAACGAGUCUCUUAUUUGGACAACAAAUGCAUCAUCAUCAGAAGUUUCGAGUUCGAGUCCAAUUGUGCAGCUCUUGGAUACUGGAAACUUGGUAAUUAAAGAUGGUAAUGACAAAGAGAGUGUUUUUCUGUGGCAAAGCUUUGACUAUCCUUGUGACACACUAUUGCCAGGAAUGAAGUUUGGGUGGGACUUGAGAACUGGGCUUAACCGGCGUCUUACUUCUUGGAAAAGCUGGGAUGAUCCAUCUUCAGGGGACUUUACUUGGGGGGUGGAAAUAGGAAGCAAUCCUGACAUUGUGAUGUGGAAGGGUAACGUUGAGUACUUUAGGACGGGGCCUUAUACUGGGAACAUGUUCAGUGGAGUAUAUGGGCCCAGGAAUAACCCACUUUAUGAUUACAAGUUCGUCAAUAACAAAGACGAAGUGUAUUACCAAUACACCCUCAAGAAUAGUUCGGUGAUUACUAUGAUUGUUAUGAACCAAACACUUUAUCUUCGUCACCGCCUUACAUGGAUUCCCGAGGCCAAAUCUUGGACUGUUUACCAAUCAUUGCCACGAGAUAGUUGCGACGUUUACAACACUUGUGGUCCCAAUGGAAAUUGCAUCAUUGCUGGGUCUCCAAUUUGCCAGUGCUUAGAUGGGUUCGAGCCGAAAUCGCCCCAACAAUGGAACGUGAUGGAUUGGAGGCAAGGGUGUGUGCGCAGUGAAGAGUGGAGUUGUGGGGUAAAAAAUAAAGAUGGUUUUCGGAGAUUUGCUAGCAUGAAAUUGCCAAACACUACGUUUUCUUGGGUUAAUGAAAGUAUGACACUUGAGGAGUGCAGGGCAAAAUGUUUGGAAAAUUGUUCGUGCAAGGCCUAUUCAAACUUGGACACGAGGGGAGGAGGUAAUGGGUGUUCCAUUUGGGUUGGUGACCUAGUUGAUUUAAGAGUUAUAGAAAGUGGGCAAGAUUUGUAUGUUCGAAUGGCCACUUCGGACAUGGAUGGUAAACACGAGCAUCGGAGAAAGGUAGUCUUGGUGGUUUCAACUAUAGCAUCGUUGGUGCUUGUGAUGCUAGUAGCAUUCUGCAUUUACAUGAUCAAAAAAAUAUAUAAAGGGAAAACAAAAACAAGAAUGUCAAGAGAGGAUAAAGACGAAGGCAGACAAGAAGAUUUGGAGCUUCCUUUCUUUGAUCUUGCUACAAUAGUUAAUGCCACUAAUAAUUUUUCAAUCGAAAAUAAGCUAGGUGAAGGUGGUUUUGGUCCUGUAUACAAGGGUACAUUAGUAAAUGGACAAGAAAUUGCAAUCAAAAGGCUUUCACGAAGUUCAGGACAAGGAUUGAAAGAAUUUAGAAAUGAAGUUAUAUUGUGUGCCAAAUUACAACACCGAAAUCUUGUCAAGGUUUUGGGCUAUUGCAUUCAAGGAGAGGAGAAAAUGUUACUUUAUGAAUACAUGCCCAACAAAAGUCUCGAUUUAUUUCUUUUUGAUUCGGAGCAAAGUAAAUUCUUAAAUUGGCCAGUGCGCUUUAACAUUUUGAAUGCGAUUGCUCGGGGACUUCUUUAUCUCCAUCAGGAUUCUAGAUUAAGGAUCAUACACAGAGAUCUAAAGGCAAGUAAUAUUUUAUUAGACAAUAAUAUGAAUCCAAAAAUUUCAGAUUUUGGCCUUGCAAGAAUGUGUGGAAGUGAUCAAGUUGAAGGGAGUACAAGCAUCAUAGUUGGGACACACGGUUACAUGGCACCUGAAUAUGCCAUUGAUGGAUUAUUCUCUACAAAAUCAGAUGUGUUCAGCUUUGGAGUUUUAUUGCUAGAAAUUAUUAGUGGAAAGAAAAACAGAGCAUUUACCUACCAAGACAACGAUCAUAAUCUUAUUGAUCAUGCAUGGAGACUGUGGAAAGAGGGUACUCCAGAGCGAUUGACUGAUGCACAUUUGGCAAACUCAUGUAAUAUAUCUGAAGUCAUACGGUGCAUUCAAAUUAGUCUUCUGUGUCUACAACAUCAUCCAGAUGAUAGGCCAAACAUGACAUCAGUUGUUGUGAUGUUGACCAGUGAAAAUGCUUUACACGAACCUAAGGAACCUGGUUUUUUAAUUAGAAGAGUUUCAAACGAAGGAGAACAAUCUUCUAAUAGGCAGACAUCUUCAUUCAAUGAAGUAUCUAUCUCACUUUUAAAUGCUAGAUAAAAAAUUAUCUUCUUUCUAAUUUUUAUUAAAUUAUGUACUUGAUACUUGGAGUUUGGAAUGUUGGUUAUGCUAAAAUAUGAAUAUAUUUUUGUUUUUAAACAAAUGUAUUGGCAAAUUUAG